UUCUUCUUUCUGCUGUACUCAGAUUAUGGUAGGUCACAGUGCCCCUUGGCUUGCUAGCUAGCUAGCUGUCGACUAUUUUAGAGUCAGCUAGCUAGAAUAUAUUUACGUUACAUUAUAUUUUAAAUGAGUGCUCUGUCUAAUCUUGCUCUGGGUUCGAUGUCUUGAAUUGGGGACACAUGUGGAGGAGGUGGUUCGUGAAAGGCACCACCUGUUUCUUGCAGGUGGCAGCUUACAGCUUUUCAAGAUUUCCUCACCAUGGGUGUCUCUCCUCCUCGCUUGCGAGACAUCUAGCAAAGAGACACACCUCAAGGUUUGCUCUUCCCACUUCACAUCCUCGGGGACAACUAUGGGGGGCAACACCUACACUUGGUCUUAUCCGAGGCUACAAAAAAGACGCCAAGUUCACCAUAGAUUUCCCUGUCAAUCCCGUCACAGUCACAGAUAUCAAACAGUAUCUGCGCUUCAAAGACGUUCCGUUCCAUGAUGGCUACAGUUGCUUGCAUGCCCAGAGCAUUUUCAUGGAUUUAAGUACAAGUUCCCCUGCGGGUUCAGGGAAAGACAAUUGCAACAUGUUCAUAGACAAGACCACAGGCCAGUUCCUUUGCAAGGACACCUUGGUAGAGGGCAGCUGGGAGGACCUGCAGGACUGUUUGGAGGUGAUGCAGAAGGAAGGCCAGACUUCGCUCAGCCCCCAUGUUCUGCUGGGGUACCCUGAGAGCGUGGAGGAGCAGGAGGAGAGGGAGAUGGAGCUGAAGGAAGUGCAGAGGAUAUGGUCCAGCUCCAUCCCCUUCUCUGACGUCCCGGAGGAAGAGGCUCAGCUGAUCAAAACCAUGUUUCAGAUCAGCAAGAUCUCCAACGCCACGCUCAAGAGGUUUGGGGUGAGGCUUUUUAAGCCCACCAAGAGCCUGGUGUUUCCCUGGUUCUGGGGCCCAGAUUCAAGCCUGAGGGGUGUGAAGUUGAUGUCAGCCCAGAGCACAGAGAGUGGGAUUGUGGCUUACUCCGAGGCCACAGUGCCCAAGGCGGGGUCCUACCACAAUCUUUUUGGCCUUCCUCUUGUGGGACGUAAGGACACAGAGGUUGUGGUAACAGGCCAUGAGGUGGACACCUUGGCUGUGAGCCAGGCCACAGGCCUCCCAUGCGUUGCCCUGCCCCGGGGAGUCAGCUGCCUCCCACCUGUUCUCCUUCCCUACCUAGAGCAGUUCAAAAAGGUGACUCUUUGGCUGGGAGGGGACAUGCGCUCCUGGGAGGCCUCCAAGAUCUUCUCUCGUAAGCUGGGUCUGAAGCGCUGCUCACUGGUACGUCCAGGGGAGUUUCAGCCCUGUCCUGUGGAGGCUCUGGUCCAGGGGAAGAAUCUGGCCCGCAUCAUCAAGGCCUCCAUUCCCGCUGCUCACAAGUCAAUUGUGUCAUUCAGGCAGCUUAGAGAGGAUGUCUUCGGUGAGUUGAUGAACACAGAGCAGGUGGCUGGAGUGAAAUGGACAAGGUUCCAAGAGCUCAAUAGGAUCCUGAAAGGCCAUCGCAAGGGCGAGCUGACAGUCUUCACAGGGCCCACCGGUAGUGGAAAGACCACCUUUAUCAGCGAGUUUGCUCUGGAUCUGUGUAUGCAAGGUGUCAACACGCUGUGGGGAAGCUUUGAGAUUAACAAUGUCCGCCUGGCCAAGAUCAUGCUCACUCAGUUUGCUAUGCAGAGGCUGGAGGAGAACUUGGACCAGUAUGACUACUGGGCUGACAAGUUUGAAGAACUGCCUCUCUACUUCAUGACUUUCCAUGGACAGCAGAACAUCAAGGCUGUGCUGGACACAAUGCAACAUGCUGUCUACUUGUACGAUAUCAACCAUGUGAUCAUCGACAACUUGCAGUUUAUGAUGGGACAGGAGAACCUCAAUGUGGACAAGUUUGCUGUGCAAGACCACAUCAUUGGAGCUUUCAGGAGGUUUGCUACCAAUAGUAGCUGUCAUGUGACUUUGAUCAUCCACCCCAGAAAAGAAGAGGAUGACCGAGAACUACAGACAGCAUCCAUCUUUGGUACUGCUAAGGCCAGCCAGGAGGCAGACAAUGUUCUCAUCCUGCAGGAGAAGAAGCUGGUCACGUGUCCUGGUCGCAGGUCCCUCCAGGUGGCCAAGAACCGCUUCGACGGGGAUGUGGGCAUCUUCCCUCUGGAGUUCCUCAAGGGCUCGCUCACCUUCUCCGCUCCCAUCAAGGGCAAGCACAAGCUGAGGAAGGUGAAGGGGGAAAUGCCCGAGACACCCCAGGGUGAGGAGACCACACCCAUGGAGGAACGGGUAACAGUAAAGAAGGAGGAGAAGAAGGAAGAGAUGGCAGCAAAGAAGAAUGAGCAGGUUGUAAAGAUGGAGAAGCCAGCAAAGGCCACAAAAACACCCAAAGUUAAGAGCGCCGCUGCUGUUAGAAGCAGACCAGAGGGACUCAAGAAGACACAGAAUGAGGAAUAGUUUUGCGACCGAUGGGAUCGUGAUGAUAUGAUUU